UACAACUUCAGGAAAAAGAAACGGAGGAGUCGUGAUCACUUAAGGCGGAUGAAUGUCUUUGGUUUGGAUGGUGAAACGAAAAUCAAACACAGUGAAGUACUCGAGUUCAACUUUAAACGGAAUUCAUUUGAAUUUGUAGAGUCUUGUGUUGUUCUCCUGUUGGCACACACACGAUGUCUGCCUCGGCUAUAUUUGUGCUGGACCUGAAGGGGAAGGUGUUGAUUUGUCGGAACUACAAAGGCGAUGUGAACAUGGCGGAGAUCGACCACUUCCUGCCUUUACUCAUGCAACAUGAAGAGGAAGGGCUUCUCUGUCCUGUACUGUCACGCGGCAAUGUCCACUUCAUGUGGAUCAAACACAGCAACCUGUACCUGGUGGCCACUACGAACAAGAACUCCAACGCCUCCCUUGUGUACUCAUUUCUAUACAAACUAGUGGAGGUGUUCACAGAGUACUUCAAAGAGCUGGAGGAGGAGAGCAUUCAGGAUAAUUUUGUGGUUGUCUACGAGCUGCUGGAUGAGCUGAUGGACUUUGGAUUCCCUCAGACUACAGACAGCAAGAUCCUACAAGAAUACAUUACUCAGGAAGGUGCCAAGCUCGAGGUGGCAAAGUCCAAGGUGCCGACCACCGUCACCAACGCCGUCUCCUGGAGGUCAGAAGGUAUUAAAUAUAAGAAGAACGAGGUCUUUAUUGAUGUCAUCGAGUCCAUCAACGUACUGGUGAAUGCCAAUGGUAGUGUGAUGAGCAGCGACAUUGUGGGCAGCAUCAAGCUGAAAACAAUGCUCUCUGGGAUGCCUGAACUGAGGCUGGGCCUCAACGAUAGAGUCCUCUUUGCUCUUACUGGACGUGACAAGGGAAAGACGGUGGUGAUGGAGGAUGUGAAGUUCCACCAGUGUGUCCGUCUCUCACGCUUUGACAGUGAUCGAACAAUCUCCUUCAUUCCUCCAGAUGGGGAGUCUGAACUCAUGUCUUACCGCAUCAAUACCCAUGUGAAGCCUCUGAUAUGGAUUGAAUCAGUCAUAGAGAAAUUCUCUCACAGUAGAGUGGAAAUCAUGGUUAAGGCAAAGGGACAAUUUAAAAAACAGUCUGUGGCAAAUAAUGUGGAAGUGAGGGUCCCCGUCCCCAGUGAUGCUGACUCCCCCAAGUUCAAAACCAGCACAGGCCAAGCCAAAUAUGUGCCUGAGAAGAACAUGGUGGUGUGGACCAUCAAGUCUUUCCCUGGAGGUAAAGAGUUUCUAAUGAGAGCUCAUUUUGGUCUGCCCAGUGUGGAGAACAAUGAGCUCGAGGGAAAACCUCCCAUUACCGUCAAAUUUGAAAUCCCAUACUUCACAGUCUCAGGAAUACAGGUGCGAUAUAUGAAGAUCAUUGAGAAAAGUGGUUACCAGGCUUUACCGUGGGUCCGGUACAUUACACAGAGUGGAGACUACCAGCUGAGGACCAAUGUGUAAAGCCUGAGGCAUUACUGUAUAAUAAUCAAUUCCAGGACUUCCAGAGGAGCAUCAAUGAUCAUUUUAACUGGACUAAAAUAAUGUCUUUAAAUUUCACUAUAUUUAAUGUCAGCGAUCUUGUUUUAUGAAAUCUGUGUGCAACUUGAUUUUAAUGUUUUUAUUGUGGGACCACUACAAGUUAUUUAAAUGUUUAUUGAAAUUAUUACAAUUUGUCACUAGUAACCUUUGUAUAUUUGUUGUGCCCCUUUUUGUUUUUCUCAUGAGUUUACAACAGCAUAUAAGGGCAGCUUUUGUCAUCAUAUUGUUGUCAUGCAUUGUGCAAUCAGAGUUACUAAAUUCCGCCUAAAAUUAAAAACUUACACCCGC